AUGGGAGACUGGGUGAUGGAUGAUGAAGGGAUCGGGUGGGAAGCUCUAUUGAAUGUUAUUCCUAACCUCGGAGACGACAUCGAUAACAUGAGACUGGUGGAGGUUCCCACUUUGGAGGAGGUGAAGCAGGUGAUCUUUAAUAUGGAUGGAGACAACGACGUGAUUGUUUUUGCCAACGGGGGUGCGGAUUCGUUAAAGAGAGUCAUGCAGAUUUUGGAAUGCUACCAGAGUGACUCUGGUCAGCUGGUGAACGUACAGAAGAGUGGGUACUUGGUGCACCAUCGAAUCAUAGUAGCCCGUAAAAGGGUAAUUGAGCGGGUUACUCACUUUCAUAAGAGAGAGCUCCCGGUUCGGUAUCCGGGGGCUCCGUUGUUUAUUGGCAGAGCCAAGGAGGCGUAUUACUCGGACUUGUGCCAGAAGGUUCUGGAUAAGGUGCUCUCUUGGAAAUCCCGUCUCCUAUCAUCUGGGGGAAAACUCAUUUUGAUUAGGCAUGUUCUAUCCAGCAUCCCGAUUCACUUAUUGGCAGUGGGUGUCAUACCAAAGGGUACUUUCCGACUGAUUGAGAGGGUGUGUGCUGAUUUUCUGUGGGAAGCUGGAGACGAGAGGAAGAAAUUCCAAUGGAUCCGAUGGCGGGACUUGUGCUUUCCCACAGAAGAAGGUGGAGCGGGAUUUCGAUCACUCACUGACAUGUAUAAAGCCUUUUCUUAUAAAUUAUGGUGGAAUUUUUGA